CCCAGAAUUUGUCUUAGCCAAUCCGGCCACUCUUAGCCUUUAUUUCGGCCAAAUAUUGUACCAGGGUACCUAUCGUCUAGCGCCUAAACACUAGUAAUCUAGGGCCACCCUAAGUGAAUGGAUCCAUCUACAGUCACCUUCGCUCAUUUCUUAUCUUUCUCGUUUAUUUCUGGCCAUGAGGCUCUCGCCUCGAUUGAUCCCGCGCUGAACUGCAGCUGGAGAUACUUGCAUUUAAGUGGCCGGAAGAAUUACUUUAGAUCACCGAGUAAUUUUUCCCGAGGCUAUUUUGACCCGGUUGCUAGUCGUCGCACGCGCAGCUUUGUCUCCAACUUGCGACUUUAUCAUCAAGCCUCAGUUAUUUAAUACCAGGUGCUAGAAGCUACCUUGUAUAAAUCCACUAGCCCAGACCUCGAGAUGUCUUCCACGAUAACUACCUACGAUCGCCUGACUUGAUCGACCACAAACCACUCUAUAAAUACGAAUGAACCCGUCUGAAUCAUAUUCCACCGAUGCGCCGCCGUCGUUAUAUUUCGUUGUAUGACCAAACGCAAGCCCGAGGCACGUAUUGCAAAUGAAGAACCUAUCAUUUAAAACAGUUCCCAUAUAGUAUUAGGCCUCAAAAAUACUGGUCCAGGGUCUUCAUCAUAUAAAAGCUUGGUCGUCGUCUAUUAGGGCGUUAUGGCGACAGUCCAACAGCUUCAUCGGGCCCCUGGGCCAGCUCGGUCACUUGGCAAUAAUGGCUCAAUAAUCCCACCCGCCGAACCAGAUGCAGAUCGAGCAUCGCGACCGUCAGCCAUGAAUGGGACAAGCGAUACUAGUGGGCUGCAAAAGGGCGAUACUCGAACGGUCGUUAUUAUCUAUGGUCCCGGACAAGAGAGUAUCGUAUCAGUUUUUGCCGACGUCUUGGGGAAACCCUACCGAAUGGCAGAUAGUUUCCAAGGCAUAACUUCUCUUGAGCAAGAUUUGGUGCUUGGGAUGUCGCUGGAAAGCGCCAAAAUCGACGUUUCCACACGAAAUCGAGAUGCCGUGGUUGCGAUUAAUGCUCAUAGCGUCAAUCUCGGAAUGCCUCCGGAUAGAUAUAUUUCUACGCAAUGCGACUACGAAUACUUAUAUCCCGGAACGUCCUUCUCUCGUCGAGAUUUGGCCCGAUUCAUAUCAUUCACACUCGGCCAGAUCAAUCACCAUGAUUCACUCAUGUCAAAACCACGUACCUACUUCAUCUCGACUACAUUUCCCGACGUUCGUGCUGCUCUUCCAAACCUUGAUAUUCUCACAGUUGGCUCUGACGCUGUAGAACUACGCGUCGACCUCCUGAAGGAGCCCCUGAAAGAUGGUGGUUGUGCUGCGAUACCUAGUUUAAGCUACGUCGGCGAACAAGUCAUGUUGUUGCGCCAGAGAACCGAGCUGCCUAUUAUUUUCACUACAAGGUGUACAAGAGAAAACGGCCGGUUUCCCAUGGACAAUCCCGAUCUGUACUACGAAUAUCUUUUCCGUUCUAUUCAGUGGGGCGUUGAAUAUAUUGAUGUCGAGCUUUGGCUUCCGGAGCAUAUCCGUCGGAAGCUUUACGAGAAACGCGGAAGUAGUCGCAUCAUGUCCGCUUUCCACGAUUUUUCCGGCACCUUCAAGUGGCCUUCAACUCAAGCGGAGUCCAUAUUUCUUGAAUCUCGAAAAUAUGCUGACAUUGUAAAAAUGAUAUCAAUAAUCAAUGAUCCCAACGAGAAUUUCGAAUUGGAAUAUUUUCGUUCUAAAAUCCGAGCCGAGUACCCGGGCUCGCCCCCUUUAUCCGCGGUCAAUAUGGGAGAAACUGGACAGUUCUCGAGGACUUUAAACAAAGUCUUCACACCCAUUACUCACCCUCUUCUCCCGAUCAUUGCCGCACCUGGUCAGCUGAGCGCUGCUGAAAUUAACGCAGCUUUGUCAACGCUUGGCCAGCUUCCCAAGAAGAAUAUUUAUGGAAUCAGCAGUCCGUUUUCCCGCAUCGCGACACCGUAUGCCCCUUUCUAUGAAAAAUGUUUCAACGAACUUGGUUUGCCUCACCAAUUUGCCGUUGUCGAGAGACAGUCAAAAGAUUCAAGUUUCAUAGAAGCUUUAUGCAACCAGAAAUCGUUUGGUGGCGCUUAUCUAAGCCCACCUGUAUCCCUAACAAGCCUCAUGAAUAACAGUUCUUUCUUUGCGAGCCUCAACAGCGGAUCAGGUCUGUCGAUUACCGAAGCAGCCCGCACGAUUGGUAUGAUUGAUACCAUUAUUGUCCAGUCUGGUCCGUCAACCCCACCGCCUUCCGCACCUCCUGCGACCCCAUCUAGUUCUAGCCGAAACGGUGACACCUUUGGCAACAAUGCUAACGGGCUGCCGCUAAAUUCCUCGCUCAUUUUUGACAAUGCAAACUGGCGUGGCAUUGUUAGCACGCUGACACGCGACCUUGCUCCAUCGGCAUACGCCGACCGUGCAGCACUCGUCUUAGCUACCAACGCCGACGACGCAGCGUCGACUAUGUACGCGCUAAAGGCGCUUCGUAUUGGCAAAGUAUACACCGUUGGCUUUAAGACGCCUCCUGAUCUAGCUCGUGGCUUCGAGGUUCAACCUUUUAAUAACCUAGAGGGCCUUCAACGGGCAAGAAUGGUUCACGACAAGGCCAAUCCGUUCGUGAUCAUCUCUGCGCUGGGGCCUGAGAAGUCUAACAUUGUCGGCAUGCUUGUGCGCGCAUUCGGAGGCUCAAGGGGCUCGUCGACGCAGAUCCGUAAGGUUUUCCUGAACCUUGCCGACGGACCGAGGAAAGGUGAUCCGAGCUUGAUCGCUGAGCAAAGCGGCUUUGCUACGUACGGUGUAGCAGACACGACGGCUUUCACAACUGUUCAGACAUUCAGGUUGCUCGUCGGUCAAAAUGUGCCGUAUAGCUUCGUACGGCUUGCAAGUGGUCAAGGAAUGUUUUAAAGGAGACACAUAUACCCCCGAGUAAAGUAGCCGGAUUUUGACCUGUGCCAUAGUAUUGAGAUUUAGACAUAUGGAAUCAUCUAUGGCAUGAUUAGACGAUUCUUUUGGUUUGGACGGUCUAGCUGAGAAUAUAUUUAGCAUUUGAUCAGUAUCGCGUUCGCUUACCUCUUAAUCUAACGCUAUGUCCGCCCAGAACUUAGAGGCCUACUGGAGAGGCUAGUUGAAUGAUUCGGGACUCCGCGCAUCUAUCUAUUAGGUACUGCCUAGAGGCAUAUAUGCGACUACACGUACUGAGCAACGCCGUUAAGCUCUUGCAGCCCCCGUCAAUGAUCCAGUGUGCUACACAACUCGUUUCAUCGGAGUUAACAGGCAGAGCUUGAGCAUUAGACUGCAUGCGCAUGUUGAGGUCAUAACAUAGCGCGAUCAAGGUCGAGCGGCUCGGAGUUUUGUUUAAGUUUGGGAGGUGAUUGUCGUUGAUGUGACCUUGUGCUAUAAGCCGGGACAAUUCCCGGGUGGCUAUUGAAUGAUAGAAGCUACCUUCUACGGAGCUUAUCUGGCGACCAAGAGAGGUAUGUCGUGGAUGCUUAACUGGGCUGAUAUGCACAAGCUGAUAUGAUUAUCAGGUAUGUUCAAUAUAAACCACG